AUGAAGACAAAAGAGCGUAAAUUACCUUGUGUAGGAAGAAUUUGCACGAAAGAAUCCGAUUCAGAUCGAGUAAAAGAACUUGAACAUGAAUUAAAAAUAAAGAAAGAAGAACUUUCCUUAACAGAAAAGAAGCUACAAAAGAAAAUAAAAGAGUUAACAAAACUGGAUAAAAAAACCAAGUCCCAGUCAAUCACAUUCAAAAAAGCAAAAAAGAAAUUGGAACAGGUCACGAGUGCUGUAGAGAAAUGCCAGAAGUACGAAAGAAGGUCUAAAAAAUGUAAGAAAAAGAAAAACAGAAUGCUGGUUGAUAAGGUACACAAUUUCUUUGACAAAGUAAUUGCGUUGGAUAGUGACUGUAAGGGCAUAACGAAAGUUAAUAAAUAUGAUCUAUUAGCAACUAUGCGAAGAACGCUUCUUCACCAAACGCCGAUGGUUACAGAUCAUCAACAUUCUAGGUAUUAUAAUAAUAGGCCAUCUAAAUCUGAACGAAAAUGGAACACAGCCGCUCGUGACUGCUAUCUGAUGUCGCUUCAAAGAUCCCCACAACUUUGGAUUAAUCAUCGUUGGCCGCAGUUCUAUCCCCAAUAUCUAAGCGCCAGGCAGCAAUGGAAAAAUCUACGGUUUAUUCUUCUCUUCCUAUUGGGCAUAUUAUUUUGGGUUCCGGCAAUACUCUGCUUAGAGAUAUAUCAAUUAUUUAUGCACGGAUUGCAUCUUAUUGAUUUCCCGGAUAAUGAUGAUUAUAAUUCUGAAAAAAAUGGAAAGCAAAAUGAAGAACAUAAUUUGUAUAGUUCAAGAGAAGUCAAAGAUGAACUAGUCUCCCAAUUGUUCGAGCCUCAAAUUCCAGUAAAUCCGGACAAUAUCUUCAAGAAUUGGCCGUUUAAUAAAUCAAGGGAUGAUCUAAGUCGUCAUAAUAAAGGUGCAUUUUCUACUAGCGUCUUACUAAGAGAUCGUCGGCAUCGUAAGAAAAAAGUUUUACCAAAUCCAACACUUUGUUCCAAUACAAUUAAAGAAAAGUUUAUUAAAUUGUGUAGGGAAUGUGACAAAAGUAAACCAAAGAAAACGGUACCACUUAAAAAGAAUACAGAUAAUAGUUUAGAAAUACUUUAUCAGUCAAAUAAUUGGAAAUCUAGAAGAAAAGAAAAGGGAUCCAAAGCGGAUUUUAGAAAAUAUGCAAUUUAUUUUAAUUCUAAAUCGUCGUGUGACUUGAAGGAAGCACAAAAGAGAGCUUUAAGACAUAGGAAAAAUAAUUUCAAUAAAUUAAAUAUACCACAAGGCUGUCAUCGCCACACAAGUCUUCAAGCACAUUAUUGUAAACAUAAGUAUUGUAGACACUUUUACUCUGACCACGCAUUACGCGACAAUUUUAACAGCAAAAAUAAUGCUCCAUGUCCUCAUCAGGUUCACAAAUUGACGGCAACUUAUAAUGUCGUAGAUUUCCCGAAUGCAACUAUAGCAAAACCAGAAACAAGUUGCAUUAAUGCUGUAAAUUACGAGUAUAUUAUUCCAAGUCCCUGUAAAGCUAGGCUUAUUCCUUCUCGUACUGAACAUAUAAAAGGAGGAGGCGAUAUCACGCCCUCGUUAGCUAUUCAAACUUCUAUUUACAGCACAAAGCAAAGAGAAAAGCCAGUAAACAUUAAAACGACCUGUUCUAAAAGAUCAGUUCCAAAUUACAAACGUCGAAGAGGUAAGAAAACAACACGAACAGUAAGACCAAUUUAUUCUCUAUUGGCAAAGGCAUUAAAAUACGCUUUUCUCGGAUUUGCCAUUUUACUAUUGUUUCCGUGCAUUUUGGUAAUGUCCCUGCUUUGGAUAUUAUCCUGUAGAAUGAGACCACAUGAAAUAUUAAAAACAGCGAAUGAUAUUGAAAGUUGCAAGUAUAAGUCAUGUCAAUCUCAGGAUAAUGACGCAUUUUGGACUUCAAUUUACAGUUUCGUUGUUGCUGUAGCAAGGAAAUGGACACAUGUAUUUGAAACCUUUUAUUCUUCAAUAAAACCUAAAUCAAAUGAACGGAAUAGAAAUUUACAUCAAAAUAUAAUUAAUGGUACUGGUUGUCAUACUUCUAAUCGUAAUAAAAGAUAUCCAAAUCCCAGAAAGAAAUACAAUCUCUUUUAUGACAAUGAUAGAGGCUGGCUUAUUAAGCCAACUAAAACAGAACAAAGAAAAAAAAAUCCAGAACAUAGUUCUGGUUUAAAAGAAAUGACUAUAAAAAAUAGCGAUUUUCACAUAGAAAAUGAAAGAAAUUUUAAGCCUGAAUUUCAUAGUAGGGCUGAUGCAAUCCUGCCUGUGGAUCAGAAUCAAGUGUUGAUUGACGAAUCGAAUUAUUGUAAGACGAUUAAAGAUAAUAAACCUCCAUAUAGUGAUACCCAUAAUUCAAAGAAUGUUGAAGAAACUAGGUGCACGUGUGACCCCUAUGCAAAGUUUCAUAGUGUUGGCGUAAAUAAUCGUACCGAUGACGUUUCAGACAGAGAGAGUAAUGUAGUUGGAAAAAGUACAAAAAAAUCACGUGACCAUUGUUAUAAAACUCAUAAAGUUCCUCGAUUAUCUUCAAUAAAGAAACCGGAAAAGGGUGUCACAUUCAAUCAAAAAAGACAAACAAAUAUUCCACUAUCUAAUGUAUAUAGCAGACCUGUUUUUGAGAAGGUUUUAUGUCCAUUUCAUGCGGAUUAUUAUAAAGAUAAAGAAGUCAGUCAAGUCAGUUCACCACAAUCACAUGCCAAACAAGAAAUUUAUCACCGUGAACAGAAUAGGCCACCAGUUCCUCAAUCGCAGCAGUGUAUGUGUCGCUAUAAAAGGAUCAAGCAAACCCAAAGGACACUUAGCUCCUCGUCCAGCAAUUGGGAGAACGAGACUGAAACAAGUAACGCCUAUAACUAA